AUGUUAACAAAUAUAAAUUUGUUAGAAAAAGAAUUAGAAACACUCAAUACUCGUGAAAAAACUUUAAAUGAUGAAUUAUCGGUAUUACUUUCUAAUCAAGAUUCAAUUGAAAAACAAAUGUUAUCAAUUAAAAAUUUAGUGCCAGCAAUACAAAUUAUAACACAAGAUGCACAUAAUUUAUCAAAUACAAUUACAUUUACUGCUGCAUUAGCUGAUAAUAUUAGUAAGAAAGUUCGAGAAUUAGAUGUGACAAAAAGACAUGUUGUUGCUUGUUUACGACGAGCAAAUGAUAUAAUUGAUUUAAAAAAAUGUACAGAUGGAGUUAAAUUAGCUUUAGAAGAUGAAGAAUAUGAACAAGCUGCUGCUCAUAUUCAUCGAUAUUUAAAUAUUGAUUCUACUUCGCUUCAAUUAAGUGAUGAUCCAGCUGAAGGAAGUGGUCUUCAUCAAGCUUUACUUUCACUUGAAGAAGCUGAAAAAAAAUUAAAACAAAUUGUAAAUAUUAAAUUUGAUCAAGCAGUUGAAAUCGGACAUUUACCAGAAGCAAUGCGAUUUUUUAAAAUCUUUCCACUUUUAAAUUUACAUCAAAUUGGUUUACAAAAAUUUUGUAAACAUCUUUGUUUACAAAUAAAUAAUCAUGGAGAACAAAUGUUAAAGAAAACUUUAGAAAUACCAUUUAAUCAUAAACGUUAUCCAGUUUUAUAUUCAGAUUAUUUAACAAGUUUAUUUGAAUAUAUUGCUGAUAUUGUCGAAACUUAUCAACCACUUGUUGAAACUUAUUACGGUCAUGGAAAAUUAUUUAAUUUUGUUUCAAUGCUUCAGUCUGCUUGUGAUACACAAGUUGAACAUGCUAUGAGUUCAUAUAAAUCUAAGCGUCAAUUUGAUAAUACAUAUCGUCGUAUACAAAAUUCAUCAACAUUAACUAAUUUAAAUCAAUCCGAUUCAUCAUCAGCUGAUAAACCUGAUCCACGUGAAUUAGAUGAUUUUCUCGCUGAAAUUACGUUAAUCAAUGCAAGUUGUGAAUUAUAUUUACGUUUUAUACGUCGUCGUUUAAAUGCUGAUUGUGAAGCUGCUUAUCCAUUAGUUGAUAAUGUUAAAACUGAUGCUUGUUUACAACAAUUAAAAGAAAUUGAAAAAUUUGUAAAUCAAUCGGGUUUAAGUCGUAUAUUACAUGCAUUUAUUAAUCAAUAUAUUACAAUUGAAGAUUAUUUUAUGCGUGAAAGUAUUUAUAAAGCUAUUAUAAUUGAUUCACCAAAUAUGGUUGAUGAUGUUUUUUUUAUUCUACGAAAAUGUUUAAAACGAUCAACAUCAAGUGCAAAUGUUGAAGGUAUAUGUGCUAUGUUAAAUCAUGCUGUAAGUAUACUUGAUUCAGUUUAUCGUGAACAUUUAUAUGUACGAUUGAAAGCUGGUUAUCCAUCUGGAUUUGAUUUAUCACAAGCCUAUACAGUUAUUCAAUCAAGUAUUCAAUUAGGUAAAUUACAAGGUAAUGAUAUUGAAAAAUUAAAACAAAUAUUUUUAACAACAUUUAAUAAUGUUGAAACAACAUAUGGAAAUUUACAUACAUUAAAAAAUUUACUUGAUGAAGAAUUAAAAAAAAGUUUAACAUUAAAUGAACAUAAUAAAACAAAAAUAGAUAGUUGUUUAAAUGAAUUGAAUUCAGUUGCUAAUCGUUUUAAAGAUUUGAUUGAACUUGCUUGUCAACAAUUAUCUGCAAGUGCAAUAAAACCUCGAAUUAAAACACUUAUGGAUAUUUAUAUAACAGUUAAUCAUAAAUUAUCUGAAGAUGAAUUUUCUCAAUUUGAAGCUAAUGAUCCAUUUAUACAAAAUUUUAUUGUACAAGUUGAUUUAUUAUUUGCUCAAUUUAAAAGUGUUUUAAGUACAGCAAAUUAUGAUCGAUUGGUAAGUGCAUCAGCAAAUGAAAUAGUUACAAUGUGGGAAAAAGUUCUUUUUAAAUGUGGUUAUAAUCGAUUGGGUGGUCUUCAAUUUGAUAAAGAAGUUCGAUCAUUAAUGAUAUAUUUAACAAAUGCUACUAGCCUUCCUAUCCGUGAUAAAUUUCAACGUCUUACACAAAUUGCAACAUUACUUACUCUUGAAAAACUGAAAGAAAUUCAUGAUUAUUGGGAUCCAACAUCGGGUAAAAUUACUUGGCGUUUAACUCCAUCGGAAGUACGACAAAUUCUUAAUUUACGAACGGAUUUUCGUAAUGACGAUGUUCGAGCAUUGAAACUGUGA